AUUUAUUUUAUCUAUUUUUGGUUAUGCGCUUCUCUAAUCUAGAUCUAUAUGUAUGUGUAAACUCAUGUUUGAUUAUUCGUGAUAGUUCCUAGAUUCCCUCGGAGAAUCAAAUUCACUUUCAUUAUCAAAUGGAUCAAAUCGCGGCUUCAGGUGUCUCAGAUGGUGCGGGUAAAGUAAAAGAGCCGAGGGUAAUAUCUCCGGGAGGAUCCAAGACCGAAGAGAGGCAAAGUCAAAGCCACGGUGUGCAUACUAAUCAGAACGACAUGAGUCAAGAUGGUAGAGAUCAGCCAGGUGGUGAAGUGAACAUGGAAGCUUCUAUAUCAGCAGAAGAUGUGAUAAGAGCUGGAGGGUUUGGUGCAAAAGACGACAUUGGAAGUUUCCUUCCUGUGGCGAGUGACUCAACUGACUUUGAGGAAUCAAUCCGCUCUGCUCGCGGCUAUGAAGAAGCGCAACCAGAGGUUCAAAGACCAGGUCUUGGCUGGCCUAAAGAGUAAAAUCUUUGCCUUGGUGGCUCUAGUGCUUCUGCAGUUAUUGUUUGUGUUUCUUGGUAUCAAAUUGUAAUGUGUGAAUCUUUGUUGAUGGGUUAAGGGCUUGGAAGAUUUCAAGGCAGAGAACUCUUGCUCUACUUGCUACAUUUUUUAGAAAGUUUCUUUUUAGCUAAAAAGCAUUCCAUAUAUUUAAAGUUCUCUGAAUUGCAAAUGCUCUGUUUUAUUG